AUGGCCCACAACUCACUGCAUCACCAACAAACUGUGAAUUCUUUACUGUUAAACGUACCCGCUCAACCCCUUCAGCUCCUGAAACGACCUGCCUCUCCAUCGUUCGAAGGCAUGGAGGAAUCUAGUAGAAAGCGUCAGAAGGAACAUGUCUCAAACGAGGUGCCGAGUCAAGAACCAAGCGCGAAUGUAGUAGACCAAGAGCCCGUUAUCGAUGGCGGGGCUCUCGUCAACGGACUAGCGGAAGAGCUGCAAUGCCGGUAA